UUUAUUGUGAAGAUGGCGACGACCGGAGUUGGUUUUCGUUGGCUAGAUAUUUUGGAAAAGGAGUUUGACAAAGCAUGUGUCGAACUAGAUACCUCAGUAGCGGAUUUGGAAACGGAAGAGCCGGAUGUGGCAUUCGCCGCGCGUCAGAAAAUUGCAACCCUCAGCUCAUGCUUUGCUCAACUGACUCACAAAGCUCUCACUAUAUUUCAGAACAGUGCCAAACUAGAGGCAGAGCUCGUGGAUAUGAGAGCAGAGUUAGUGCAAGCCCGGGCGGCUGUCGCGGCUCGCAAGGAUAGUGUCGAGGGGAUGGCUGUUGGUAUUGGCGAGGUGGGGGAGGCAAGGCGCGCUCGGGCGGAGGCGGCGCAGCUGGCCAGGGAGAACGCCGCGCUCCGGGACACCGUGCUCGCCCUGCAUUCAGAACUCUUUGGAGCCAGAUUGGCUACAAAGUAUUUGGACAAGGAGUUGGCGGGCAGGAUACAGCAGUUGCAGCUGCUCGGCAGGGACAUGCGCUCUGAAGUUAGAGACUCGCUUUGGGCACAGGUGGAGGCAGAGAUCUUGCUGCAGCGGCACAAGACGCUGGUGCGCGUCUGCCGCGGCCUGUCCCCGCGCCCGCCUCGGCCGCGCGCUCCCGCCGCACGACCCCGCACCGUGCGUGUGCGUCGCUCACCGCAUCUUGGACUGGGAAUAUCUGUCACUGGUGGUCGCGAGCACGGCGUGCCUAUCUUGAUCUCAGAGCUGGAGGCGGGCGGGCCGGCCGCACUCACUGGCGAGCUGUACGUCGGCGACGCCAUCCUCGCCAUCAACGACCUCGACCUUACACAGGCAUGUCACAAGGAGGCGGUGCAGGCGUUGCAAAGCGUGAAGGGCGACUGCGCGCUCUGUGUACAGUUCAUAGCUACAGAUGACGACGACCGCCUUUCUGAAGAUAACUACAGGUUCCCGCUGUACCCCGAGGACGGGGAGGUGUUCUGCGAGGAAGGGGACGGCUCCGGCGCCACGCCCACCGCCCCUCGCACACCUGACUAUAACAAUAGGGCGGAGUCAGUGGCAGGGUCGGGCAGCGAGUGCGGGUCGGAGCGGUGCGGGGCGGUGCGGGGAGCGCGGCGGGCAGACUACGCCGUCGACUACAGCGCUCUCAACAACAACCUCGCCAUACUCGACAUGGACGACGACAACAUUAAGAUCGAAACCAGGCUAGAGAUGGUGAGACUAGAGAGUGAGAACGUCGGUGAGCGACGUCGGGGUCCGUACCAGGCGGUGUCGGGGGCGUCCCCCGGUGUGUCCCCGCCCUCAUCUCCGCCCCGCGUGCGCGCCUCCCGCACUGCCUCUUCACCCCCCCCCGCCACACCUCUCUCCACGCCGGUGCACACAAGGCGACCCUCUCUCAAAAAGAGACGCAAGCCACAGGACUAUAUCCAGGACUGGCGGACGAAGGGGACUUACCGCGCGGUGGCCGGAGACGCACACUCGUCGGACGAGCCCCACGUGACCGCCGAGCCCCGUCACUCGACCCCGCGCCGCUAA